CACCGGGCGCCGGCGGCGGCCCGGUUGCCGCGGUAACGGCGGCGAUGGAGGGCGGCGGGCGGCCCUCGGCCGCGCAGGCCGCGCUGCUGGUUGCCAGCACCGCCCUCACCGCCCUGGUCUACUCCGUUUACCGGCAGAAGGCCCGCGUCGCCCGCGGCCUCGAGGGCGCCAGGAGGGUCCGGCUGGACGGGGACCUGCGGACGGUGUUGCUGGAGGCGCCGGGGCGCUGCGUCCCUUACGCGGUCAUCGAAGGGGCGGUGCGGUCUGUCAAGGAGACCCUGAGCAGCCAGUUUGUGGAGAACUGCAAAGGCGUCAUCCAGAGGCUGACCCUGCAGGAGCAUAAGAUGGUGUGGAACCGAACAACCCACCUCUGGAAUGACUACGAGAAGAUCAUCCACCAGAGAACCAACAGCACCCCCUUCGAGCUGGUCCCUCAGGAGGAAGGCGCCGGCGUCGCCGUCAGGGUGAUGAAGCCGCUGGACGCCGCCGAGCUCAGCCUGGAGACGGUGUAUGAGAAAUUUCAUCCCUCCGUCCAGUCCUUCACCGACGUCAUCGGCCACUACAUCAGCGGGGAGCGCCCCAAGGGCAUUCAGGAGACGGAGCAGAUGCUGAAGGUGGGCACGGCGCUGACGGGGGUGGGAGAGCUGGUCCUGGACAACGCCACCAUCAAGCUGCAGCCCCCGAAGCAGGGCAUGCCCUACUACCUGAGCGCCGUGGAUUUCGACACCUUGCUGCACAAACAAGAAUCGAACGUUCGGUUUUGGAAAAUCCUCACCGUCGUUUUCGGCUUUGCUACCUGCGCCGUCCUCUUCUUCAUCCUACGGAAGCAAUACCGGCAUCAUCGGGAGAGGCGGCACCUCAGGCAGAUGCAGGAUGAAUUCCGGCAGGCCCAGGAGCGCCUGAUGCGCGAGAUGAGCGCGGAGGGCAGAGAGACGCUCAAAAACGCCUGCGUCAUCUGCUUGAGCAACACCAAAUCCUGUGUUUUUCUGGAGUGUGGGCACGUUUGCUCUUGCAAGGAGUGCUACCGGGCUCUCCCCGAGCCCAAAAGGUGCCCGAUCUGCCGGCAGGCCGUCACCAGGGUGGUGCCCUUAUACAACAGUUAAAUUUCAGGGGCUGGAGAGGGAGCUUUUGGCAUUAAAGCUGCCUCUUCCAAAGGGGUUUUCUCACCUCGCUGCUUGAGUGGUUGAUUUUGGGGAAGGGGAGGGAGCUUGAGUGAGCGGGGUGCUUCGAUUGGGGCGCAGAGCCGCGUCUUAAAAGGUGAUGAUCCAGCUGAUCAGGGUUCCUGUUGUGCUCCGGAGGUUUUGGGGGCAGGAGACAAGGAGCCCUCACAAAGAGCUCAAAGCGCUCGGCUGGGAGAUGCAGUUUCAAGCUCCUCUCUUAAGCAUCGGACUCUCAGCGUUUGCAUCGUGAUUUAAUGAAAUACCCAGCGUAUAAAAAAAUGUUGUGAGAAAAUAAAAAAAAAGAUGUGUUACGGCUUCUCUGAGGCUGCAGAAUUCAGGCAGUCCUGGCUGCGGGGCCAAAGGGAGCAGGGUGGGCUUUUGGGCGUGAACACAGAUAAUUUUGUGAUCAUCCACAAAAUCAGGUUGUGACCGUAUCACACCGGGACGGGGGGAGGUGAAAACACCAUGGCUGAUUGCUGCGCUUGCUUGAGCGGGGAUAGAAAAUGGGAUGUAAAAGUAAUAAAACAGGACAAAAAGUG